AUGGUUCAUAAACGGUUUCAAAACAUGGAGAGUACUUUCCGUGCAAAUGAGCGAAAGAUAAGAGAAUCAAAAGCUCGUUGUAGUGGCAAAGGGACAGAUGAAAUUUAUAAACCAAAGUGGGAUUAUUAUGAUUUGCUCUCGUUUUUAAAGAAAACUUGCGUACAGACCGACAGUAUUGACAAUUUAUGUUUGCAAAGUCAGAGUUCCCAAAGUUCGCAAAGUUCUCUGUUCAGUCAAGAAGCAAUGAGUUCACCUAUUUCUCCUUGUAGUGAAAACUCAUCAAUGUUUAUAAAUGUUUAUUAUGACGAAAACGCACAACAAUAUAUAUCCAUUCCACCUGAUUCAUCGGGAUCUAGCAAUAUAGUAGAUACAAGUAAUAAUGAAACACCAUCCCUUAUACAUUCCGAAUCAUACAUCUCAGCAGAGCCCAGUUUAAACAGGUCUAUAUCAAAUACCACUGCAUCUAGCACCAAGCAAUCCCAAUCGGUAAUAAGUAAUAUGGCAUCUCGAAUGGCUACUCCUCCACUUAGACCUGAAGGUGCUCCAAUAAAAACUAAACGUUUAGAGAAACGUUCAGAAGAACCAAUAUAUGUAAAACGAGGAAGUUCAAAAAAGUUUAAUAUAAUGGAAGAGGCUGUGGAUGCCAUAAAAAAUAUGGCUCAACAAGAUUUGUCUCCUAAAACGGAUAGAUUUGACAUGCUUGGUGGAUACGUUGCAUCUAGGCUUCGAUCAAUGACUUCUGAGGAUCAAGUGUACUAUGAAAGAGAAAUUUUAAAAGUAUUGACUCAAAGAUUGGAUUAA